AUGCGGCGGGGUCGGGGCGCGGGGCUGGCGGCGCUGGCCGCGGUGCUGCUCGUGGCUUCAGGCAGAGCCCAGGUACAGCAGGACCCAUUCCUGGAGACCACGGAGGGCAUCAGCAUCAAUAUCAGCUGCUCUCACCCCAGCAAAGUGAGCGGCGAUUACAUCCACUUCUACCGUCAGCUGCCGGGCCAAAGUCCCGAAUUCCUCGCACUCACUGCUAGAGGCUCCAAGGAUGUGCCGGGCAUUGGAGGAAAGCUUUUGGUGUCGGAGGACGGGCGUUCGAGCGCGCUGUGGCUCGGGCGGCCCCGGCGCGGGGACGCGGCCGUGUAUUACUGCGCGCUGGGGCCACGGGCAGAGGAGCCGGGGCUGCGGCCGGGCACGAACCGCCGCGGGCGGGGCCGGGCGGGGCCGGGGGCACAUGACACCAGAAGAGGAAUCGACACCGGAACCGACACUGGCCCCGACAACGAUACCGAAACCGGGUCCAGAACCGACACUUACACCGCCAUCGGCACCUCCAGCUCCCACUCGGAGUCACCCACCACUCUCAGCCCCUCUUCUCACUGCGGGUUUCUCGCAGCUCAGCUCCUGACAGCAGCAAGCAGCCCCGCCCGGCCUCAGCUCCAUGUGCUCACUGACAUGGUCUGGGGGAGGCAUGGAGGGCAGUAG